AGCCGCAGCCGCAGCGGGACCGCACAACGCCACAGCGAACCAACUUGUUCUAAUCUUCCUUGCCUUCUCAUUUCACCGCCCGUCUCCGGACCGGGAGGAGAUGCCGCGAGACCCCCCGUAAACGCAAGGGAGGGGGGCCGGGAUGGCCCGGGGGUUAGGUAUCGUGUUGCCUGGCCCACCACCUUUCCCGGUCUCGCAGAGGAUUUAUUGCCUCGCUCGCAUCUCAUCACACACACGCUCGCGUAAGUAGAGCAAGGACAUACAUGCGCAUGUCGAUGUGAUCACGAUGAUACAUGCACACGCAUUGUAGGGGUCCGAAAGGGUUGUUCUACCUUGUCCUCGGUUGCGCCGAUCCAGCCUCGCAGCCAGACAGAAACACAUAAAAGGAGCCAUAUUCGACCGAACUCCGCCAUCGUGGAAGAGAGAUCCAACAUCUUCUACCUCCUCGACCGAUUUCCAGACACGGAUGGCCAUCAUCCCAAGGCAAAGCUGACACACAUACAACAUCGCAACUCACCGGCAUCUCCCCGCGCAGGCCCCCUUUUCUAUCACUUCCUUCAUUGUGACAAGUCGCCCACAGCAGCAACCGCCUACGAUAAACGCCAUGCGCCUCCUCCUUCUCUCAGUCGCGUCCCUCGCGGCCCUCUCUGCGGCGCAGGCCCCCCUCUCUCCGCAGACCGACACCUUCAACUCCAACUUCGCCCUCACGGCCGCGCAAAUCUCCGCCGCCGGCCUCUCCUCCGUCGCGGCCGCCAACGUCGCCAUCGCCGCGCGCUUCGAGCGCUCCAACUGGGCCCCCUCGGGCUCCGUCUUCGCCGACCCCUUCUACCUCAACCUCCCCGCCAACGCUGCCACCGCACCGGCCGGCUCGGUCCUCAAGGUCGAGGCCUUCACCGACACCACCGGCUACACCAUCGCGCCGACGCUCGCCCUCUCGCGCAUCAUCUACCAGUCCCGCCAGCUCAACGGCUCCCUCGCCCCCGUCUCCGCCUACAUCCUCUGGCCGUACCACCCGCGCCGCAGCCUCGCCGCCCGCCUCAACGGCAGCAUCCCCCUCGUGAGCUGGGGCCACGGCUCCGUCGGCUCCGUCCCCGAGUGCGGGCCCUCGCACAUUCGCAACCUCUGGAACCAGUUCUCCGCGCCGUACGAGCUCGCCCUGGCAGGGUAUGCCGUCGUCGCGACCGACUACGCCGGCCUGGGCGUGCCGUGGUUCCCGCGCAACGACUCCGACGGCCUGUACGGCGUCAACAUCACGCAUCAGUUCGGCGCAUCGGCCGCCGCCGGCAACGACGUCCUGUACGCCGCGCAGGCCGCCCACGCCGCGUUCCCUGACCUCCUCACGCGCGACUUCGUCGUCGUCGGCCAUUCGCAGGGCGGCGGCGCGGCGUGGGCUGCCGCCGAGCGGCAGUUGACGGCGCAGGUCCCGGGAUACCUCGGCGCCGUCGCCGCGGCGCCCCUCACAAACGCCCUCGAAGUUAUCCAGGCCAACCCCGGCCAGGCGCUCGGGUUUAUCCUGUCCGCCCGGGGCAUCGUCGCCGCGUUCCCCCCCGGUCAGGUGGCGCUCUCAGACAUACUGACGACGGACGGCAUCGCGAUCAUGAGACUCCUCGAGCAGGUGCAAGGCUGCAGCUCCGUCUUCGGGACGCUGCUCGAUGGGAUCUUUUCCGCGGACCCGACGCGCCAGCUCCUCAACCCACAACUGCUGUCCAGCUCGCUCGUACAGCGCUAUCAGAACCUGACCGGUGCCGGUGGCAAGGACUUCUCUGGCCCCAUGCUUGUCGUCCAAGGAGACGCCGAUCCCGCCGUGCCUGAGCCUGUGACGACGCACACCGUCAAUCUGACCUGUGCGAGCUACCCCCAGCGUUCUCUGCACUAUGUUCGGGCCCAGAGCGUGGGCCACAUCCCAGUCAUGUAUGCGACGCGGCAGAUCUGGCUCGACUGGAUUGAGGACCGUUUUGCUGGCGUUACCCCGUCGUCGGGCUGUUCGUACGAAUACAUUGGAGGGAACGCGCCGCGGCCGCUGGCACAGUACCAGGGUGACCUGAACUAUUUCCUUGAGUAUUCGCUGUCGCCAUACCAGGUGGCUUGAGGUUUUUGAAAACUGGUCGCAGGAGCCGUCGGACCUUCAUACCAAUGUACAUAAAUUUUGUGAUAAAAAAGACUAUAUAAUAUAUGCAAGUAUCGC